ACCGACAGUUGUAUUAUCGAUAACAGGCCGUGUGGUUGUAUUUCGUGUUUUGCAUUUCAAAGAGCAAAAUUGCACAAUAAUUUAAUUUAAGUGCAACCAAAAACCUUUAACAAGAUAAUGGCUGCUCAGUUCUUUAAUCGCAUUGGCCAAAUGGGCCUCGGAGUGGCCGUUUUGGGUGGCGUUGUCAAUUCGGCAUUAUAUAAUGUGGAAGGCGGCCACCGGGCGGUCAUCUUCGAUCGCUUCACCGGCAUCAAGGAGAACGUGGUCGGCGAGGGUACCCACUUCUUCAUCCCAUGGGUGCAGCGGCCCAUCAUCUUCGACAUCCGGUCCCAGCCCCGCAACGUUCCUGUGAUAACGGGCAGCAAGGAUCUGCAGAAUGUCAACAUCACGCUCCGAAUCCUGUACCGCCCCAUUCCAGACCAGCUGCCCAAGAUCUACACCAUUCUCGGCCAGGACUACGACGAGCGUGUCCUGCCCUCCAUCGCGCCUGAGGUGCUGAAGGCUGUGGUCGCCCAGUUCGACGCCGGCGAGCUGAUCACCCAGCGUGAGAUGGUGUCGCAGCGCGUUUCCCAGGAACUGACUGUACGUGCCAAGCAGUUCGGCUUUAUUCUGGAUGACAUCUCGCUCACGCACUUGACCUUCGGUCGGGAGUUCACGCUGGCCGUCGAGAUGAAGCAGGUGGCCCAGCAGGAGGCGGAGAAGGCGCGUUUUGUCGUGGAGAAGGCCGAGCAACAGAAGCUGGCGUCCAUCAUUUCGGCGGAGGGUGAUGCCGAAGCCGCUGGCCUGUUGGCCAAGUCAUUCGGCGAGGCCGGAGACGGUCUGGUGGAGCUGCGACGUAUUGAGGCCGCCGAGGAUAUCGCCUACCAGCUAUCCCGGUCCCGUGGUGUCGCCUACUUGCCCAGCGGACAGAGCACGCUGCUCAAUCUGCCAUCGACCAUCGCGCAGUAGCUGGGUGCAUCUAGUUCCGUUAAGUUGUAACUACCUAUAGCAUUUACUAAGUACUUUUCGAUUUUGUUUCUGCUGAAAUAUGCACUACUCUAAAGCGUUCGCGCCCGACUGACUGGAGAAUACUAAGCGAAACAACCAAAAUUUGUCUCAUGUAAUCGGUUUUUCCAUUAUCUUCCCGAUCGGGUUCGAAAUCCGGUCGCAGUGUGCGCUCCGAAUGCGGCUCAACUUUUGUUGUUUCCGUUUGAGUCGUUCGUGUGCGCGUCCUGCUGAAUUGGUCCUUAAGAUCGGCACCGGGCUUAAAACAACUCCAGUAAUUGAAAGAAACACAGACCGUAAGAAAAUUUCAUUAUGUGAACAAACAAUAAAUGAUAAUCCCUACAUGAGUGGGCUUUUAAAUUGAGUGUGGUUAUGGUUAUGCAGGAAAUGUUAUUUAAUUUAUGAACUUUUACUUUCUUUUUACUUUACUUUUACUUUCCCAAUUAAUUACAGAUCGAUCCUAAAACGAAUCUAAUCACUUGCCCAUAUCAUAUAGAUUUAGACAAAAUACGUGACCUAUUGAAGCUCAGCGAUGUGAUGUGUACACCAAACACCCGCUCGCUUAUCUCGGCCCUUGUUUACCCCAUAUGAUGCCUGUUUAUGCAAUCCCCCUCUCAAAGGCGCCAUUCGACCCCUAUAAGCGGAGAAUACUUUCGCAUUCAUUCGCAACUCAAGAUGGUCAUAAAUCAAAUUGUAGUAUUCUUCGCCUCAAUCGACCCGAACUCCAGCCACCCGUAAAGCAGCAUAAUGUGGGUGGGUAGUUGGGCGACUGGUGGCUGGUGGCUGUUGGCUGGCGUGUGGGUGGAGCACCCAGCGCAUUAAAAUCGAAAGCAGAGCCGUUGGCAUGGCGUAUAAAUCUGUUGAUUCAGCCAAGUGAUUUGCCAAAGUGGCUUCGUUGAAAUGUCAGGCACACGCACUUUGCUCGCACUCAGCAACAGUUGGACCACCCGCAGGAUUCUCAGCAGCCCUACACUGAAAGAAAUUAUUUUCUUUUGUCGUAGGCUAAAAGUGUUUACUUGAUUCUUUUAAAUAGUAAUU